AUGGUGUCUCGCACGGCUGGUCCAGCAAGAAGCUUUCAGCAGGGAACUCCAGGACCUGUCCAAAGGCAAACCUGUCCACAACACCUCGAAGCUACGGUGGUUCAACCCGCAACUCUCAAGGAAGGUGUCAUCCGCGUGGGAGGACGGUUGGGCAACUCCGACCGAAACGAGAACUUCAAGCACCCGAUUAUCAUCCCAGGAAACCACCACUUCUCCAAACUUCUGGCCGACUGCCUGCAUCUACGACUGUUUCACGCCGGAACUCAGCUGAUGCUAGCGACGAUGCGACAGAAGUUUUGGCCGCUGAGAGGACGAGACCUGUGUCGGCAGACCACACACCAGUGCAAGGACUGUUUCAAGGCGAAACCUCAACUUCUACAGCAAUUUAUGGGACAACUACCAACUCCAAGAACGAUCGCCGCUCGACCAUUCACCAAUACAGGCGUAGACUACUUUGGGCCAGUCUACAUUAGGCAAGGGUAUAGAAGGGGGCCGGUUAAGGCUUACGUAGCUGUGUUUGUUUGCUUUGGAACUAAAGCGGUCCACUUGGAACUGGUUUCGGACCUGUCCACCGCCAAGUUCCUCCAAGCACUGCGUCGGCACGAGAAACACCACGAACACAUCCAGCACGAAUGCUCCCAGGAGGGUAUAAAUUGGCACUUUAUCCCUCCUGGCGCUCCCCACUUUGGCGGAUUGUGGGAAGCCGCUGUUAAGUCCGCCAAGAAACACCUUCUCCGCGUUGUUGGCCAAUCCUCCAUCUCACACGAGGACUACAUAACCCUCCUCGCCCAGGUAGAGGCUUGCCUCAAUUCAAGACCCCUCACGCCCCUCACUGAAGAUCCCACCGACCUCGAACCGCUAACCCCCGCUCACUUCCUGAUCGGGACAUCUCUAGAAGCUGUGCCGGACAAGAACUAUUCCGAGAUCCCGAACAACCGCCUCACGCACUGGCAGAGCAUCCAACAGCAGCUUCAACAUUUCUGGCGUCGGUGGCAUACGGAGUACCUGCAACAACUCGUGUGGCAUACGGAGUACCUGCAAGCUCGUGUGAAGAACUGGCAGCCUGCGAUAGAAAUUCGCCCUGGACGUCUUGUCAUCGUAGUCGACGAGAACCAGCCGUCGAUGAAGUGGAAGAUGGCACGAAUACACGAGAUUCAUCCCGGCGCCGAUGGUGUGGUCCGCGUAGUUACGCUCCGGACUGCUACUGGAUACCUGAAGAGACCAGUUACCAAUACCAGCAGAAUCGAUCGAGGAAGAAAAGGCAGAGACUGCUGA